AUGGGAGAGUACUCGAAAGCACUUUCUUAUUAUUAUAAAGCACUUGAAACAAAGCAAAAAACUCUUCCUUCAAAUCAUUCUGAUUUGGUUAAAUCCUACGACACCAUUGGAUUGCUGUAUUACAACAUGGGCGAGUACUCGAAAGCACUUUCCUAUUACGGUAAGGCACUUGAAAUCAAGCAGAAAAUUCUUCCUUCAAAUCAUCCUGAUUUAGCUAAGUCAUACAACAAAAUUGGUAGUGUGUAUUACAACAUGGGCGAAUUCUCGACAGUGCUUUCAUGUUACGAAAAAUCACUUGAAAUCUUCCAAAGAGAUCUUCCACCAAAUCAUCCUAUUCUGGGUAUGUCCUACAACAACAUUGGUAUAGUGCAUUACUACAUGGGCAAGUACUUGAACGCACUUUCAUUCCACCAAAAAGCGCUUGAAAUCUUUAAAAAAAUUCUUCCUUUGAAUCAUCCUGAUCUGGCUGUAACCUAUGGCCAUAUCGGCAAUGUUUAUUACAGCGUGGGCGAAUACGCUAAAGCCCUUCAUUUUUUUGAACGUGCUGUACACAUUGGACAAUGCUCGUUAUCGCCAAGUCAUCCUCAUCUUCAAUGGUAUAAAAACAGUCUUGAAGAUGUAAAAAAAAACUAUAAAUCAUGUUAGUUUCUUCGCAAUAAAAUAGAGGAUUUGAAUAAAAACUAUUUUAACAGAUGUGCGUGCACAUACAGACAAACCUCUGUUCUUGUUGAGAACAUAAAUGGAUGUUAUCCACCAAUAAAAUGAACAUUACAUGUCAAUGGAUAUGGAUUACAUCACAGACUAAGAAAAAAUUUCAAAUUUACUUGUCUUUUCAUCUUGCAGGCAUGAAAAGGUUACUUUCGUCGUUCCAAUUUUUUUCAUAGUAUCAACCUAUUAAUCGACAGUUCUUUUUGAUUGAUCAAAUUCAGCUACAGAAAGUUUCUACAUAAGUACUUCUAGUCGAUUUUAAAAACUGACUUGCGAUAGACAAGAGAGUUUCAAAACUAUUUUUCAUUAUUAAAUAGAUUAUUAAAAAAUAUAAUGCGUGAACAUAUUUCACACAAUUAUAUUUAUUGCCGAUUCACUUGAAGGUGUGGGUGCAGUUUUAGAUGUGGGUGUGGGAUGUGGAGUGUGGAUAUUACCAAAAGAGAAUAAAAUACCACACCUUCACACCCACACCCAACCCCACACCCACACCCACUCACACCCACACCCACACCCACACCCACACCCGUACCCUUGUACCCCAGGGGUACAUAUUUU